AUGCCUGAGCCCGACUUCCAGGUCAGCAUUUCGAUUUCCCUUCUGCUCUCGCUCAGGGUUCAUCUUAUCGAUUGUUGUCUCUGGUCCUGGCAUCCUGCUCUGUGGCUCUGGCCGGAAAUUGCGGCUUAUUUAAUAACAUUUGAGAAACACGAAGAAUGGCUAACCACAUCCCCUAAGACAAGGCCGCAGAAUGGCUCCAUGAUACUCUACAACAGGAAGAAAGUGAAGUACAGGAAAGACGGGUACUGCUGGAAGAAGAGGAAAGAUGGGAAAACGACCCGAGAGGACCACAUGAAGCUCAAAGUCCAGGGAGUCGAGUGCUUGUACGGCUGCUAUGUCCAUUCCUCCAUCAUACCUACUUUCCACCGGAGGUGCUACUGGCUCCUUCAGAACCCCGACAUCGUCCUGGUGCACUACCUGAAUGUGCCGGCCAUCGAGGACUGUGGAAAGCCCUGUGGGCCCAUCCUCUGCUCCAUCAACACCGACAAGAAGGAGUGGGCGAAGUGGACAAAGGAGGAACUCAUCGGGCAACUGAAGCCCAUGUUCCAUGGUAUCAAAUGGACCUGCAGUAAUGGGAACAGCAGCUCCGGCUUCUCAGUGGAGCAGCUGGUACAACAGAUCCUUGACAGCCACCAGACCAAGCCCCAGCCACGGACCCACAACUGCCUCUGCACCGGCAGCCUGGGAGCGGGCAGCAGCGUGCAUCACAAGUGCAACAGUGCCAAACACCGCAUCAUCUCACCCAAGGUGGAGCCGCGGGCUGGGGGCUACGGGGGCCACUCAGAAGUGCAACACAACGACGUGUCGGAGGGCAAGCAUGAACCCAGCCACGGCAGGAGCACAAGCCGGGAAAAGAGGAAUGGCAAAGUGGCCAAGCCUGCUCUGCUGCACCAGAACAGCACGGAGGUCUCCUCCACCAACCAGGUGGAGGUCCCCGACACCACCCAGAGCUCCCCCGUGUCCAUCAGCAGCGGGCUCAACAGCGACCCGGACAUGGUAGACAGCCCGGUCGUCACAGGUGUGUCCAGCAUGGCAGUGGCCUCUGUGAUGGGGGGACUGUCCCAAAGUGCCACAGUGUUCAUGUCCGAGGUAACCAAUGAGGCCGUGUAUACCAUGUCCCCCACCGCUGGCCCCAACCACCACCUCCUCUCGCCUGAUGCCUCUCAGGGCCUUGUACUGGCUGUAAGUUCUGACGGCCACAAGUUUGCCUUCCCCACCACGGGCAGCUCAGAGAGCCUGUCCAUGCUGCCCUCCAACGUGUCCGAAGAGCUGGUCCUCUCCACCACCCUUGACGGUGGCCGGAAGAUUCCAGAAGCCGCCAUGAACUUUGACCCCGACUGUUUCCUCAAUAAUCCAAAGCAGGGCCAGACAUACGGGGGUGGGGGCCUGAAAGCAGAGAUGGUUAGCACCAAUAUCCGGCACUCGCCGCCUGCAGAGAGGAACUUUGGCUUCACCAGCGUCCUCACCAAGGAGAUCAAGACCGAAGACACCUCCUUCGAGCAGCAGAUGGCCAAAGAGGCGGCCUACUCCUCGGCGGCGGCGGUGGCAGCAGCAGCAGCAGCGGCGGCGUCCAGCUCCCUGACCCUGACUGCGGGGUCUAGCCUCCUGCCGUCGGGCGGUGGCCUGAGUCCCAGCACCACCCUUGAGCAGAUGGACUUUAGUGCCAUCGACUCUAACAAGGACUACACGUCCAGCUUCAGCCAGACGGGCCACAGCCCCCACAUCCACCAGACCCCCUCCCCCAGCUUCUUCCUGCAGGAUGCCAGCAAACCCCUACCCCUUGAGCAAAAUACCCACAGCAGCCUAAGCGAGUCAGGGGCCACCUUCGUGAUGCCCACCGUGAAAACGGAGGCCUCGUCCCAAACCAGCUCUUGCAGCGGCCACGUGGAAACGCGCAUAGAGACUACUUCCUCCCUGCACCUCAUGCAGUUCCAGGCCAACUUCCAGGCCAUGGCACCAGAAGGGGAGGUUACCAUGGAGACCUCACAGGCAGCUGAAGGGAGCGAGGUCCUCCUCAAGUCCGGGGAGCUGCAGGCCUGUGGCUCUGAGCACUACCUGCAGCCAGAGACCAAUGGGGUGAUCCGAAGCGCGGGGGGCGUCCCACUUCUCCCGAGCAAUGUGGUGCAGGGACUCUACCCGGUGGCCCAGGCCAGCCUGGGCAACACCUCUAACAUGGAGCUCAGCCUGGACCACUUUGACAUUUCCUUCAGCAAUCAGUUCUCGGACCUGAUCAAUGACUUCAUCUCUGUGGAGGGGGGCAGUGGUACGAUCUACGGGCACCAGCUGGUGUCGGGGGACAGCGCUGCCCUCUCACAGUCGGAAGAUGGGGCGCGGGCACCCUUCACCCAGGCGGAGAUGUGUAUUCCCUGCUGCAGCCCCCAGCAGGGCAGCCUUCAGCUGAGCAGCGCUGAAGGCGGGCCCAGCACCAUGGCCUACAUGCAUGUUGCCGAGGUGGUCUCGGCCGCCUCGGCCCAGGGCACCCUGGGUAUGCUGCAGCAGAGCGGACGGGUGUUCAUGGUGACUGACUAUUCCCCAGAGUGGUCUUACCCAGAGGUAAGCUGCAGAUGCCAGUCCAUGCCGCCGCCCUACCACCCCCUCACCUGGGCCAUUAUGCAGCCUGGAAAGCUUGUUUGCAUGUGGUCAUUCUUUGGAUGGAGCUCUGGCCGGAGACACAAAGCUGUUCCCUCCCGUGGUGGAAGGGACUCACCCUCAGACUUCACUCUAGCAGGUAGCUUCGCAGUCAGGGCUAUCCCUGGAGGCAAGCUGCCCUUCUGGGCACCCAUCAGAACAGUGUGCCUUUCUUCUUUCUCUUUUCCUUUCCUUCCCUCCCUUCUUUUGGGGGAACAGAGGGGGUGUCUUGGUGCUGCUUUUAAAGUAUCCAGAAAUCAACACCAGAAUCACAUGGGGCCAUUGGCCUCACUCACAGCCAACGGGCAGCGCUCCCAUCCACAGUGAAGGGGAGGGUGCAACUCUAGCCAUAGGAUCAGAAGCAUGGCAUGUGACCCAGGAUCUAGCCUGUGCUCCUGUCACCAUGGGCUGCCGCCUUAAAGACUACUGCUCCAACAGGAUCGUAGGACGACCCAGGUCUUGCCUGGUGGGGGCUGGGGGAGUGCAAUAAAAUAGAACAUCCUGGGAAGGGGACAGUGUGGUUCCCGGUCCCCUGAACGCCUUGCUUGCAUGUGACAGAGCUUGAACUCUCCCUGGCUUUACCAGUGCGUCCUCUUGGGUCCCGAAUCAGACACUCUCCCCUGG